AGCUAUUUCAUGGUUGUCAAGGAAUGUUGUGGUUUUAAAGUUAACAAGAAAUUUGACCAGGUGUAAUGUUAAGGGAUUUAUCUUAGACUGACUGUCAGGUAAUGAAUCAAUAGAGACCGGGAACUCAAGAAGGAGAAUAUCUGUAAUAUUAAAAUUUGGUUACCAUGGAGAAUGAACUUCACAAGCGGGACCAUACGGGGGUCCAGGAUUUUGUUUUGCUGGAGGACUUUAUGAAUCCCGAGGCUUUUGUGGAAAAUCUAAGGAAGAGAUUCAAUGCUAACCUCAUAUACACCUACAUUGGACCAGUGUUAGUGUCAGUGAAUCCGUAUCAGAAUUUUGACAUUUAUAAUGAGGAGUAUGUACAGAUCUACAGAAACGUCAACUUUUACGAGCUCCCACCUCAUAUAUUUGCCAUCGCUGAUGCAGCAUACCGGUCGAUGCGCGGAGAGAACCGGAACCACUGUGUCCUGAUUUCUGGUGAAUCUGGUGCUGGAAAAACCGAGGCGUCCAAAAAAAUCCUGCAAUAUAUCGCAGCCAGCUCCAAACACAUGAGAGAUGUGGAGCAAGUCAAAGAUCGGCUGCUACAGUCAAAUCCAAUAUUGGAGGCUUUUGGGAAUGCAAAAACCAACAGGAAUGACAACUCUAGCAGAUUUGGAAAAUAUAUGGACAUUCAAUUUGACUUCAAGGGAGUUCCUGUGGGAGGCCACAUUCUGAACUAUUUACUGGAGAAAUCCCGAGUCUGUCACCACUCUGAAGGAGAACGUAACUUUCACAUAUUUUAUCAGCUGAUCGCAGGGGGAACCCCCUUACUGCUGAGUAAACUCAGGUUGACCAAGGAUGCUGAAAAGUACCAUUACUUGACACAGGGCAAGAGUGUUCGAGUAGAUGCACUGAAUGACCACAAAGAUUUCAACCAUGUAAAACAUGCAUUGGAUGUGUGUGACUUCACAGCACAGGAACAAGAGGCCUUGUUUUCUAUCGUGGCAUCCGUUCUACAUCUGGGAAACAUUCAGUUUGACGAGGAUGAUGAUGGACUGGCUAAUAUUACAGAUUUUUCUCCAGUGGAAAAUAUUUCACAGCUGCUGGGAUGUCCGGAGGGUGUGUUACAAUCAGCUCUACAGAACAGAACCAUUGAAGCUAAAGGAGAAAAGAUGAAAUCACCACUAAACAAGGACCAGGCCUUGUAUGCUAGAGAUGCCCUCGCUAAGGGAGUUUAUGACAGGCUGUUUACUUGGAUUGUCAAAAAGGUCAACAACUCGUUAAACAGCAGGAAGCGAAUGAGAUGCAGUUUGAUGGGUAUUUUAGAUAUCUAUGGGUUUGAGAUUUUUGGGGUGAACAGCUUUGAACAGUUCUGUAUAAACUACUGCAACGAGAAACUACAACAGCUCUUUAUUGAACUGACUCUGAAAUCCGAACAAGAGGAAUAUCAAAGGGAGGGAAUUGCUUGGGAGAAAGUGGACUAUUUCAACAACAAAAUAAUUUGUGACCUUGUUGAGGGGAAGCCUGUAGGAAUCAUUGCUAUCAUGGAUGAGGAAUGCCUGCGGCCGGGGGAACCAACUGACGGGACAUUCUUGGAGAAACUGAACCUUAAUCUGGGUCAGCAUCCUCACUUUGUCAGCCAUUCCUCUGCGACAGAUGUAGCUGAACGCAAGUCCAUCGGCCGAGAUGAGUUUCGUUUACUACAUUUUGCGGGUCAGGUCACAUACAGCAUUCAGGGAUUCCUAGACAAGAACAAUGACACGUUAUUCAGAGAUCUGAAAGAGGCAAUGAGUCAGACGUCUAACAAGAUCACCAGUCAGUGUUUCCCUCAAGCAGAGUUACAGAAUAAAAAAAGACCAAACACGGCAGCCACACAGUUCAAGACCAGCCUGGCUCAACUGAUGGAGAUCCUAAUGUCCAAAGAGCCGUCAUAUGUCAGGUGUAUCAAGCCCAAUGAUUACAAGAGAUCAGAUCAGUUUGAUGACCAGAUUGUUCACCAUCAAGUAAAGUAUCUCGGUUUGAUGGAGAACUUGAGGGUCAGGAGAGCUGGCUUUGCCUACAGAAGGCCAUAUGAAAUAUUUCUGAACAGGUACAAGAGCCUCUGUCCAGACACCUGGCCACACUUUGAUGGAACAGCUAAGGAGGGAGUGGAGGUGUUGGUCAAUCAUCUACAGUACAGUAAUGAUGAUUACAGACUUGGAAAAACAAAGUUGUUCAUCAGAUUUCCUCGUGUUCUGUUUGCCACAGAGGAUGCCUUUCAGUUACGCAAGCAUGAUUUGGCCACUCUAGUGCAGGCUCGCUACAGAGGGUUCGCUCAGAAGAAGAAGUUCCAGACCUGGAAGUUGUCUGCUAUCCGUCUACAGAGUCACUGGAGACGAGUCGCUGCACAGAGACUUCUAAAGAGGAGGAAGCAGGCAGCAGAAAGACUCCGAGGAUUCAUCAAGGGAUUCAUUCAUCGCCUGGAGCCGGAAUGUGAUGAAAACAAGCACUUUAUCCAGUACACCAAAUACAACUACCUAACUAAACUGAAAGAUCAACUCCCCAAAAAUGUCCUGGACAAAAACUGGCCACCCGCACCACAGUUACUGCAGGAGACAUCUCAAUUGUUACGAGACCUGUGUAUGAGAAACCUCACACUCCGCUAUGUGAAAUCCAUUACACCUGCUCGAAAGGCACAGAUGGAAGAAAAGGUAGUAGCCGAGUCCUUGUUCAGGGGGAAGAAAGAGAGCUACUCAAAAAGUGUGGAGGAAAUGUUUGCUGAGACCCGUCUAGACAGCACACAAGAAGAGAUGCUGUGUACCACAUUUGACACUAAAAUUAAACAACCUGAUGAAAAAGUCCAGUAUUCAGCUCCUGUUACUAAGUUUGAUCGCCAUGGCUACAAGUCCAGGAAGAGGAUAUUAGUAUUAACGGACAAACACCUGUAUUUACUGGACGAGAAGUCAGAUUUAUUAAAGGACAAGUUACCUUUCCAGCAGAUCACAGGUCUCCUAACCAGCAGUCUAAGUGAUGGUCUGUUUGUGAUCACAAUAAAUAUGGACGACAAUGGCAGCAAGGGAGACCUGAUAUUACAUUCUGAUAGAGUGAUAGAACUUGUAACAAAAAUUGUCAUCCAUGGGAAGAAGUCCGAGGCCUUCAGGGUCAUUAGUGAAACAAGCAUAACACAUGGUAUAUCUGGUGGGAAGAAGGGGUGUAUUGAGUUCACUCGAGGUCAGACAUCAGCAGUCAAGAAGGCCAAGAAUGGAAAUCUCUGUGUUAUGGUGGCUCAAUGAAUUCCAAGCACCUGCCAAAGACAGCUGAACUGAUAUUCAGACUUCUGAUUUCCAAACAUUUGAACUUCUGAUAUCCAGACAUCCAAAUUUCUGAUAUCCAGACAUCUGAAUUUCUGAUAUCCAGACAUCCAAACUUCUGAUAUCCAGACAUCUGAAUUUCUGAUAUCCAGACAUCCAAACAUCUGAUAUCCAGACAUCUGAAUUUCUGAUAUCCAGACAUCCAAACUUCUGAUAUCCAGACAUCUGACAUACCUCUACCAUCUUCAUUGGAAUCCAUUAUACACAUACCUGUGUGAUCCUCUGUUAAAUGUGUUUCUGACAUGUCAAAUUGGACUCUUUUCUAAAUGUCCAAUUCUUUUGUUAUUAUUUCCCUUUAUAUAAUUUUGUCAACAAGAGUCCAUGAUGAAAUCUGACCAGCUAACAAAGAUCAUGUCCAGAACAUUUUUUAUAUUCCUCCUGUGUUCAAUCAUUAGACUUAUAGUACUGCCAUAGUAGAAGUGUUUAGUAUAUAUAUGUAUACCCAUGUUGACUGUUCUUGUGAUGUUGUCUUAUUUUUUUAUAGCAUCUGUUUAAAAAAUCUAUUCAUGCUUGAUUUCACUUUAUGUUCAUUCUUUAGUCUGUUCCACAAGUUUACCUAGAUAUGGGUUCUGCUAAUUAAUGCCAUAAAUCAAGUGUUUGAGGGGAUAUGAAACGGGGUCUCUCAGACACUUGCCAUUAUAUUGCACUUGUUUAAUUGUAGCAUUGUUUACAUCAUUUCUAUUUAUAUAUACAUCAUAUACUAUAUUGUGCCUAUUGCUAAGUUGUGAUAUGUUGCAAGAUUUGCCAUCCUUUAUUGCUAGUUUGCAAAUUUCUAUACAAACAUUUAUUGUUGUUAUUUGUUAAAUUAUUGUACAAUUCAACCUAAUUAAAUGUUUAUUUUCUCCUUA